AUGACUUCUGCAGCCUGUGGGUCUAGGGGAGUAAUGGACAGAGAGGGCACAGAUCAAAGCUGCAUUGGAAGGACAGAGCCUCUUUUUGGAAAUAUCAAGAGGCACCAGGGAAAAAUUGGAGUUAAGUUUAAUGUUGGAACUGAUGACAUCUCUAUCGAAGAGAUCAACGCAAUCAUUAAUGAUGGAAAAUACCAUGUAGUACGUUUUACAAGAAGUGGUGGCAAUGCCACAUUACAGGUGGACAGCUGGCCAGUUAUAGAACGUUACCCAGCAGGAAACAAUGAUAACGAGCGCCUGGCGAUUGCUAGACAGCGAAUUCCAUAUCGACUUGGUCGAGUAGUUGAUGAAUGGCUACUCGACAAAGGGCGUCAGCUUACAAUCUUCAAUAGCCAAGCAACCAUAAAAAUUGGAGGCAAAGAACAGGGUCAUCCAUUCCAAGGCCAGCUAUCUGGUCUUUACUACAAUGGCUUGAAAGUUCUGAAUAUGGCAGCUGAAAAUGAUGCUAACAUCGUGAUAGAAGGAAAUGUGAGACUUGUUGGUGAAGUGCCUUCUUCUAUGACUACUGAGUCAACCGCCACAGCAAUGCAGUCUGAGAUGUCCACGUCAGUUAUGGAAACUACCACCACUUUGGCCACGAGCACUGUCAGAAGAGGAAAGACCCCUACAAAAGAACCUAUUGGUCAGACCACAGAUGACAUCCUGGUGGCCUCAGCUGAAUGUCCCAGUGAUGACGAGGAUAUAGAUCCCUGUGAGCCGAGCUCAGCAAAUCCUACCAGAGGAGGCGGAAGAGAAUACCCAGGUUCAGCUGAAGUGAUUCGAGAGUCCAGCAGCACAACAGGCAUGGUGGUUGGAAUCGUUGCAGCAGCAGCACUGUGUAUCCUAAUCCUUCUUUAUGCCAUGUACAAGUACAGAAACAGAGAUGAAGGCUCGUACCAUGUAGAUGAGAGUCGAAACUACAUCAGUAACUCAGCACAGUCCAACGGGGCUGUGAUUAAGGAAAAACAGCCCAACAGUGCUAAAAGUUCCAACAAGAACAAGAAAAAUAAGGAUAAGGAAUACUAUGUCUGAUCCCAACAUCUAAGAGAACACUUGUAUAGAAAUAGUCUUCAUUUUAUCUGAGACAUAAUACAAACUUAUUUACUUUACUUUUUAUGAAGCACAUAAAAAAAGAAGACAGGGAACGCAAUCAGAAAGGAAAGACUGUUUUAAAAACAAGCAUUUCAUGCUCUUGUUUUUCAGAAACAGGAGCCAAUAAAUUUCUAAACAUCCACAGUGUUUUCAUUUACUCUGCCUGUCUUUAUGUUGCUGGAACAUUUCUGAAAGACAAUGAUGACACCACGCAUUCAUAAAGCAACGAGUAUUACUACAACAUCAAGGCACAAUAUGAAACAAACUAAAUAAAAAAAAACAAAACUCUCUCUCUCACACACAGACGCACACACACACACAGAAAAAAAAGAAGCUACCUAUGAUUCUGGAUUUAGCCAAAGUGCUAGCGCUUUCUUGAGAAGUAAGUUAGUCUAUUGCCAGAGAAGACUGUCAUUAUAUAUGGUGACUCAACAAGCAAACAUAAAGAGUUUGCCACCUGGUGCAGUGAAACUGAUUGGAAACUUGCAUUUGAAAUGAAGUGCUGGCUUUUCUGAAGACUUAUGUAAAAACAUUUUCAAAAAGCCCCUUUCUGGUUGUGAGGAAAUAGUAUGGAGGCCUUAUUUUCAAAAACAAAACAAAAAAAUGUGGAAUAUAAGGCACAUUUUCACAAAAAGCAAACGAGAGCAUAGAUACAAUCACUGGGAAAUUUUCAUGCACGCUUAAUAUAUUAUUACAUAUGUUUAUAUAAAACACAUCUAUAUGUGCUUUCUGGACCGUGAUAAGUGAUGUUUUAUAGCCUGUUGUAUAGAAAAUCCAAACUAUAUCUGCUCUUCAGCCAUUUUUGGUAAACUCAAUGUUCUAAGUGUUCCUAGAUAUAGAAAGUUUUAUGACAUCUGGAGCAACAGACAUAAAUUCAGUUUUUUGCAGCCACUAUAAAUUGUCACAAAUUUCUUCCUUUUUUUUAAAUUUACAGUGUAGUGAUUAUACUAAGGGGAUGUGUAUGAAUGUAUAUAAGAGUCAGCUAAUUUUUUUCUUACCUGUACAGCCUCUAUUCUGUUGCAAUUCAGUUAUAGUAGUUUGUAUGAAAGAAGUGGAUUAAAAAGCAAAAAAUAUAUAUCUAUUGUAACUUUCCUGUUCCCUCUAGUUCCCGUCCCCUGUUCCCAAUGUAUAUCAAUAAAGUCAAUCAGAAUCGCAGAUUUUCCCAUAAAUGUACCACAUUCAUAAAUGAGUUAUCAUUUAGCAAGGUAAAGUGACUUUUGGGCUCUAAUCAAGGUUUCAUCACUGAAUAGUCUGUUUUGCUUUACAGAAAUCUUGCUCCCCAGGAAACUAUGAAAAAGUUUAAUUCCUUGUGAAUCUUAAUAUGAAUCAUACAGCAUGUAUCUGUCAUUCUUUUAUUACACUGGUGGUUGGUAAGAGACCUAAAAAGGUCUACCACUUUAAAUUACUUCCACUGAGGAAUUACCCUUCCCCUAAAUAAAUAAAUAAAUAAUUUGAGGUGCAUCUUGCUAAACAUUUUUCAAAGGUGUGCAUUUUGUGAUAUAAGCAACCAGGAGUCCGGUGGCACUUUAAAGACUAACAGAUUUAUUUGAGCAUAAGCUUUUG